AUGUUCCGCCGGGAGCGCUCCAUCCCACUUCAAGGCUCGGCCGCCGCUCUGUGCAACAACCUCAGUGUGCUGCAGCUGCCUACCCGCAACCUUACGCACUUUGGUGUGGUCCAUGGACCCAGCACCCAGCUUCUUAGUGCUGCCCCUGAGGGUGUGCCGUUGGCCCAGCGCCAGCUCCACGCCGAGCAAGGCGCUGGAGUGAGUCCCCCACUUAUCACCCAGGUCCACUGGUGUAUCCUCCCCUUCCGAGUACUGCUGGUACUCACCUCACAUCAAGGAAUACAGAUAUAUGAGUCUGAUGGCUCUGUCAUGGUCUAUUGGCAUGCACUGCACUUUGGAGACCCCUCUCCAGUACAUGCUGUGUUUGCCCGAGGAAUCGCUGCCAGUGGUCACUUCAUCUGCGUGGGAACGUGGUCAGGCCGUGUGCUGGUAUUUGACAUCCCAGCCAAGGGUCCCAACAUUGUACUGUGUGAGGAGCUGGCUGGGCACCACACACCAAUCACAGACAUUGCCACCGAGCCUGCCCAGGGACAGGACUGUGUGGCUGAUGUAGUGACGGCAGAUGACUCAGGCUUGCUGUGUGUCUGGCGGUCAGGACCUGAAUUCAAAUUGUUGACCAGCAUUCCAGGAUUUGGGGUCCCAUGCCCCUCCGUGCAGCUGUGGCAGGGGAUUAUAGCAGCAGGCUAUGGGAACGGGCAAGUGCAUCUGUAUGAGGCCAGCACAGGUACUUUACACAUCCAGAUCAAUGCCCACGCCCGGGCCAUCUGUGCUUUGGACCUCGCUCCUGAGGUUGGCAAGCUACUUUCUGCAGCCGAGGACACCUUUGUGCACAUCUGGAAGCUGAGCAGAAGCCCAGAGAGUGGCAACAUUGAGGUGGAGCACUGCCAUGGUGAGUGUGUCCCAGACACCCAGGUGUGUGGUGCCCGAUUCUGUGACCCCUCAGGCAACUCCUUUGCUGUGACUGGCUAUGACCUUGCCGAGAUCCUAAGAUUCAGAAGUGUAUGA